AUGGGACUACGGGACAUUCUAUCCAUUUCUUGCUCUCGAGAUAGACCAGAGAAGGCAGCGGAAGAAACACAGGCCUCAGCGGGACAUUCUAGGGCUGAUGCGUCUGUUUCAUGGAGGCGUGAUGCUGCUGGUGCUGCUGCUGGUGCUGGUGCUGGUGCAAGUGCCGCUGCUGAUGCUGAUGCAUCUGUAUCAUGGAGGCGAGAUGCUGAUGGUGCUGCUGCUGGUGCUGCUGCUGGUGCUGCUGCUGAUGCUGCUGUAGUGGUGGUGGUGGCAGUAAGUGGUGGGGGUGGGGAUGCAUAUUCCAGUAACAGCAUUGGGGUGCAGUUUGGGGGUGGGAUGGUGGAGGCAAUGGCAUGGGCGUGUGUGGCAGCCUACACGUGGCUACUGGUGGAGCUAGCCAGUGCAGUGGCAGCAGCAGCACCCACUCCCUACGUAUGUGUGUUUCUUCACCCCCCUUCUUCCCCCCCGUUUUUGCUUUUCCCCCCUUUCACCAGCAACCUACACGUGGCUACUGGUGGAGCUAGCCAGUGCAGUGGCAAGCAGCACUCCUCUCCUCAUCUAUGGGCUUAUCUGACCGCCUCCACUUGCUUUCUCCCCCUUCCUCACAGCAACCUACACGUGGCUACUGGUGGAGCUAGCCAGUGCCGUGGCAGCAGCACCGGAGGAGCAUCGCCUGCCGUUCCUCCUCGACACGCUCGACUCCAUCCAAGUCGCUCGCCACCCGUGGACGACACUCACAGCGAGUGGAGUGGCAGCAAGCACCAGAGGAGCACUCUUUCUAUCCACUCUUUCCCCUCCUUUCUAUCCCCUCAUGCCCCGCUCUUCCUUCCCAAGCAGGCCCUGCAGCUCUUCUCCCUCAUGCUCGCACGUCUCUCCCCCGACCGCCUCCUCCUCCCCACCAGCCCCACAGCUGCAGUCUUCCUCCUGCCGCACACCCUCCCUCCUCUCCUCUCCCAGCGCGGCUUAGCAGCUCUGUGGGAGCCAUAG